GUCAUACAUUGCGCAACCCGCUGCGCUGCUGUGUGUGUUUUUUUGCUUAAGAAAGACGGUGGAGGAGAAGCUUAUUUUGAAAUCCUCGACAGGAUAUGUGGCUUGUUUUGGCUGAGGUACAGCGGUCCACCUGCUGCAGCAGAGCGGCUGCCAGCCGAAGGAGACAAACCUGGUGACUGAAUGACCGGAGCUGCGGUGGGUUCAACUCUGCUCUGCUUCAAAGACGCCGCACGUUUCUGCACGAGACUGUUUUUCCACUGACAGCACACAGGCUGGACAUGUGUGGAGGACACGGCGACUGGAUUCCUGCGCUGACGGGUUUUUUUUUCGAACAGCAGAAACUGAACCGAAGGUGCGACGACGGACACAUCUGCUCUGUAGGCAGCGACCCUUCAUUUCCACCCCGUCAGGUGAUGGAGGCUGGCCUGUAGGGAAACAAUUCCACUCGGUCCAGGUGUGGGCGGACAAGGACUUGGCAGGAAUUUCGCCAAAAUUACGACGGGAAUCAAGUACAGUUCACUGUCUCCCGGUACCGGGGGAGACCAGCGGCCGCUCGUCAUGUCUCGCGCAAAGGAGCGACUGAAAGCCGGGAAGGAGACGAAGGACAGCGUCACCCUCCUGCCGUGCUUUUACUUUGUGGAGCUCCCCAUCCUGGCCUCCUCUGUUGUCAGUCUUUAUUUUCUGGAGCUGACUGAUAUUUUCCAGCCAGUGCAUUCUGGGUAUACUUGUAAUGACCGCAGCUUGUCGUUGCCCUACAUCCUGCCCAGACAGGAAGUCUGCCCACUCCCUUUGCUCUUCAGCUUGGCCUUUGCAGCUCCAACAGUCACAAUCCUGAUAGGAGAAGCCAUCCUGUACUGCUAUCUGUCCAGGAGGUCGUCAACCACUCAGACUGAAGCUAACAUCAACGCCGCAGGCUGUAAUUUCAACUCCUACAUUCGCAGAGCUGUUCGCUUUAUAGGCGUCCAUAUCUUUGGCCUGUGUGUGACGGCUCUGAUAACGGACAUCCUCCAGCUGUCCACUGGGCUUCAUACGCCCUACUGGCUGGAUGUGUGCAAACCCAACUUGACCCACAUUAACAUGUCGAGCUGUGAUGAAGCCUUCAUUCUGGAGGAUAUCUGUUCCGGACCGGACCUGGGACUCAUCAACGCUGGGAGGAAGUCUUUUCCAUCCCAGCAUGCCACACUGGCUGCCUUUGCUGCUGUCUACAUCUCCAUGUACUUCAACACAGUGCUGACAGACUCAGCCAAGCUACUGAAGCCUCUGCUGGUUUUCUCUUUCGUCAUGCUGGCCAUCCUGGCCGGAUUGACCCGGAUCAUUCAGUUCAGAAACCACCCCGUGGAUGUGUACUGUGGCUGGUUACUGGGAGCCGCCAUCGCUGUUUAUUUGGGUGUAUACGCAGUAAGCAACUUCAAGCCAAGUGAAGAUCGCUCCAGAAGUCAACUGAAUCCUCCCUUUCUUAGAGAGCGACCCCUCUCUUCCCUCCCCAAUGUCAGCCAAUCAGCAACCAGCAACAGCCACCAAGUCCACCACACCCUGGCCCCCAGCCCACCAAAGCCCAUCAUUACAAGGACCUCCUCCCACACUUUGGCCCCUGACCAUCCAGUACCCAUCCUAACUCGCAGCUCCUCCUAUCGGGAGCCAUCUAUGAGCAAUCUGAAAAGAGCCAGUGCUGAUGUGGAGGUGAUCACUCAGUCCAGUCCACCUGGAAACCGUGACAACAUAAUGACCUUCAGCAGCAGCACACUGCCAAGGUCCCAUGGAGGCUCCUCUGUGGAGGAAGGCCGUAUCCCACGACGACAUGCCUCCAUCCACACCUCCAUGGACUCCGCCAGAUCCAAGCAGCUGCUCAGCCAAUGGAAGAACAAGAAUGAUAACAGGAAGCUGUCAAUGCAGGUGAUGGAUGGAAUAAGGCCACUCCCCUCUUCUCCCCAGAGGAACACAGAGUUCCGUUGCUCCUCUGAGCCAUGUGCAAUGGGCCUGGAAGUGGAGCUCCGGGCUGGAGCCCACAUACCUUCGUCCGCAGGCCAGGAAGUGGAGAUGCGUGCUGGGGCCCACAUCCCGGCGCAGUACAUGAAAUUAGCAGCAAGCUCUGUCCCUAUUGGCAAUCAUAAUCACCUGGCACAUAAUGGCAGCAGUGGAAUGGCCGGUGGGGCCAGAGUCUCCAUGCAGCCUCGUCCUGGAUCCUCCCAGCUGGUUCACAUUCCCGAGGAGGAAAAUCCUAACAGCAAGGAUCAGGAGAGUGAAUCAGAAGACAGCAUGAUGGACGGCGGAGGGUCAGUGAGAGAAAAAUGGCUGAGAGUUGCUGAGAAGACCACCCUUCCUUGCAGACCCCUGAGUGCUGGAGGACAGCCUCGUCUAAUGCAGGUCAUAGCCUUGUCCAAACAGCAAGGUCUCCUUCACUCUCCUCGUUCUGAAGAUGGAUCUAUUCGGUACAGAGCACUGACAGACCAAGAUCCAUCUCCUCCGGCCUCUACCACUGGGGCAAUAGGAGUUGGAGGAGGUGGUUUGGAAAGAAGUGGCAGCAUAGUUCGUGUUGAAGCUCAUCCUGAAUCCAGACAAAAGCCUGUGGUGAAACCUCCAAGCACAGAUGGCAGUGGAUCAUGGCGAUGGAAACCACCGGAACAAAGAGCAUCCCUGCGACAGUCAACGUUUGCCCUGAAUGACCUAAACAGACACGCAGACAGCUGUGAUUCUCUGAGAGAUGGAGGUUCAGUGGAUGGAAGGAGGAGCGUGACAGGGACUGAAUCAGAGAGUGAUGGUGGGGGGGACGGUGGAGGAGGAGGAGGUGCAUACGCCAAUCAUCCACGUGUGAUGCAUCCCUUACACCCCUUACACCAAAAUAAUCCUAACAAUUACCAGCAUCACAAUUUUAACCCAAACAAUCCCAAUAAUCCAAACUUUAACAAUGUUCAUCCAAAUUUUAACCCCAACUCCAACAUGUCUUUUCCUUCUACUGUCACCUUUGCUCCUCCCUUCCACCCUCACCCCCAAGCAGUCACCACUAUCAGGGUGACCCCGGUGGAGACGACAGCUGCUAGCAGUGACGGAGGUUCAGACAGCCAGUCUGUGGCCUCGUCCAGCCGGGAGUCCACUCUUCGAAGAAAGGGCAGUACUAAUGUUGUUCAUGUCCAAGACCGAGGGCCCACCCCAGAUCUCCAUAACAACCACCGCCCCAGUGAUGAUGGCAACCGCCUUGACAAUGAGAGCAGCAACCGUUUCCAUGAAAACCUUCGAAAUUUUCAAGAAAAUCCAAUCCAGCCUAAUUUCCCCAACAGGCAGAUGCAGGUCGUGUUUGGUCGUCCAAGCCCAACUCCUCCCCCUACUCUGCCCCGCCCCCUCCUGAGUCACACUCCACCUCCUACUAUGGGGCUGGCCUAUAAAGAAUGAGUCAUCCAUCUGUACCCGUGUUUAAAACAAUGUCAUCAGUUUGAGACUACUGUUAGGACCAAAACUUGUAAGAGUGUGGAAUCAUAUCUAGCCACUGUCCGGGAUCAAGACUGGGAAUGUUUCCCUCUCCCACAACAGUGAGUAUUCAACCCGUUCCAACCAACUCCAUCAGUUGUGAAUUUUAUAGCCUGGGCUCUAUGUGUAAGAGUUUGAACCCAUUUUUCAUUUUGUUAUGAUUUAACUUUAUAUUUAAAUCAACGCCUGUUGGAGAGACUGGAUAACUUUUGGCAAACAGUGACUUCAUAGGCACAAUGGGCUGAACAAACUGAGUGAUGCUAGUGUAUGAGGGAACCUAGAUCUCCAUCCGCUGUUCUCCUUUUACACUUGUGAAUUUGACACUGAUUGGAUUCACAAACUAUCAUUUACAUAUUUAUCAGCUUUUAUACUUUUACUGAACAAACCAACAACUUGUGAACAUUACAGAGUGAGCAAAUGAUCUACAUCCUACGGCCACCCCUGUAGUGAAUCUGCAGCCUGAAUGAAUCAAACCCCCAAUCUUCAGUGUGAGUGGGCCGCAGUCCUGAGUGCAGUCAGAGCACUAACAGUAUCUUAUAGGUGUGUGAUAUUGUGUUUGUGGUGGCAGAGAUCAAUAAGUUACAUAUUGUGUUAAAUAUAUAGUAUAACAUGCUGUCUUUAUUCUUUUAGAUGUAACAUUUUAAUUUUGUGCAGUAUGAUUUGCUGCUAAUCUUAGGGUUGUUGGUGCUUUGACAUGUGGAGUGAAUGAUCUAAAUCCACCGAAACAACAAGGCCGAAGACUAAACACAAGACGAAGAGAUACAAAUUACACAUUACGAUUCAGAAAGAUUCAUUUAUUGUAAAAAUCUACAUAUAGUUUAGGGGACAUAACAUUAUGGGAAAUGUCAUUUUAUUUAUUUAUAAUUCUAUAAUUUUUCAAUGAUUUUAAAACUAAUAAUCCAUAACACAUCAGAAUCCUUGUUCAAAAUGAUCAUUAAACAGUAACAAUUUCUUUACAUGUCUAUAAUUUUGGAUUCAUAACGAGCUUUAGACGAACCAUGUUUCUCUCUUUAUAGCACCGACAUGAAUAAGACGGUUUCUUUAAUAUAAAAGUCAACUUUUUAAUUGCUCUUAGUUAGUUUUACACACCUAAACCUUUUUUUGUUAUAUCAACAUCAUUACAAUUGAUAUUAAUAAUUACUAGGUAUUUGUACAUAUAUUAAUGCCAAAAAUGUGCAGUAUGGCUCUGUUGGUUCUCUAUUCACUAGGGCUGCAUAAUAUAUCACAAAUGUAUUGUCAUCAAAAUAUCAGUGUGCUCAAUAUUCAUAUCACAAAGAAUUGUUUGCAUAGCAAUAAUUGUUGGGUAAUAUAUUUUACAAGUUGUAUUUUUCAUGUUAAUGUAAUAUUUUGCCAGUAGGAUAAAGUCUGGACAGCAAAACCUCAAACCAGACAAAGAUCACAGAGUAACCACAGAUUAGAAAGAGAGGAAAGAAGAAUACAUCCACCUGAUAUCAUCACAACAAUAUUUACCAAAAUUAAAAUGAUUGCCAUCAGAAGAUUUUAUAAUAUUGUGCAGCCCUUCUAGUCAUUUUUACCAAACCUAUCUAGUCUUGUUUAAAACCUGAAGAAUAUUUCUGAGUGGAACCAAAAUGUGGAACUCUGUUACUACACAACUCAUUAACGGAAACCAGAAACGGUGACCAGACCAGAUCAACAGUCUGCUGCAGACCGUUAUGGUUUAUGACGAAUGCUUCAAGCUUUUUGUUGCCAUCAUUCAACAGUGACAUUAUGUAGCUGGUUUUACAUCAAUUAUAUCCUUCCUUCCUUUCA